AUUGCAGUGACUCUGAAGCGGAGUGCACGAAUAAAUAGCUAAAGCCACUGGGCAAAAUCAGCCACUUCAAGUUAAGGCGUAAAACACAAAGUUUGUUCAAAGUUAUUUUGAUUGUUGUCACAAAGAAGAACCAUGGUCAGCCGAUUUGAACAUCCAGCUGGUGGUUACAGGAAGAUUUUUGAGACGUGUGAAGAGCUCGCUGAGCCAGUUCCAGCGACAGUCACAGGCAGGAUUCCUUCUUUUCUGAAGGGAAGUCUUCUCCGUCUGGGACCUGGACUUUUUGAAAUUGGGGAUGAACCUUUUUAUCACCUCUUUGAUGGACAAGCCCUCAUGCACAAGUUUGAGUUUAAGAAUGGCCAGGUCACCUACUUCAGAAGAUUUCUCAGAACUGAUGCUUAUGUGAGAGCCAUCACGGAGAAGCGUGUUGUGAUCACAGAGUUUGGCACGUUUGCGUAUCCUGAUCCCUGCAAAAAUAUUUUCUCCAGGUUUUUCUCUUACUUCAAAGGUGUUGAGGUCACAGAUAAUUGCUUGGUGAAUGUUUAUCCCGUCGGUGAAGAUUUUUAUGCUGUCACAGAAACCAACUUCAUCACCAAAGUCAACCCCGACACCUUAGAGACGCUGAAAAAGGUUGAUAUGUGCAACUAUAUCAACAUUAACGGCGUGACAGCCCAUCCCCACAUAGAGAGAGAUGGAACUGUGUAUAACAUCGGAAACUGCAUGGGAAAAGGAGCAACCCUGGCCUACAACAUUGUCAGGAUUCCUCCCACACAGAAAGGUCAAUCUGAUCCUAUUGAGAAGUCCAGGGUGGUGGUGCAAUUCCCAAGCGCUGAGAAGUUCAAACCAUCCUACGUGCACAGCUUUGGCAUGUCAGAGAACUAUUUUGUUUUUGUGGAAACUCCUGUGAAAAUCAACUUGCUGAAAUUCUUGAGUGCCUGGAGUGUCCGAGGCUCCAACUACAUGGACUGCUUUGAGUCCAAUGAAAGCCAAGGAACACUAUUCCACAUCGCCAUAAAAGACCCAGGACAGUAUGUUGAUCACAAGUUCAAAGGGGCUGCCAUUGGCCUGUUUCAUCACAUCAACACCUACGAGGACCAGGGUUUCAUUGUGUUUGAUCUCUGUACAUGGAAAGGUUUUGAGUUUGUCUACAACUAUCUCUGGCUGGCCAACUUGCGGGCCAACUGGGAAGAAGUGAAGAAGGCGGCCAUGAUAGCACCCCAGCCUGAGGUGCGCAGAUAUGUGAUACCCUUGGACAUCCACAAGGAGGAACAGGGGAAGAACCUCGUCAGCCUGCCGUACACCACUGCCACAGCAGUGAUGCACGCCGACGGAACCGUCUGGCUAGAACCUGAAGUACUGUUCUCUGGACCCCAUCAAGCCUUUGAGUUUCCUCAGAUAAACUACAAGAAGUAUUCAGGGAAAAAUUACACAUAUGCCUACGGUCUGGGCCUCAACCAUUUCAUACCAGACAGGAUCUGCAAGUUAAACGUGAGGACCAAGGAGACCUGGGUAUGGCAAGAACCAGCCACCUAUCCCUCAGAGCCCCUGUUUGUUCAGACUCCUGAUGGGGUAGAUGAGGAUGAUGGUGUGCUGUUGACCAUCGUGGUGGCUCCUGGUUCCCAGAGACCUGGAUUCCUCCUGAUCCUCAAUGCCAAGGAUCUGUCUGAGAUCGCGCGAGCAGAAGUAGAGUGCAACAUUCCUGUCACCUUCCAUGGGAUGUACAAACCCUAAUUCAGCUUUUCUCAAGGUGUCAACAAUAGUCGGCAACGGCAGGAUUGUCAGUUGCUAUUCAGCAAUAGAA